CUGGGUAGGGUGGGUAAUGCUGUCUGUACUCCGCCUGGCAACGGAUGUUGGCCUGCAGCUGGUCGAUCGACUCAGCGCGUGUAUAAGGCUUUGCAAGGGCCUUGGCAAUCAUGCAGAGUGGGGUCCAGAGGUGCAGAGAUUGCGAGAGGAGGAAAGAGUGUGGAGAGCUGGAAGACCUGAUGAACAUUGUCAACGUAAAGUAAAAUACCGGCUCCGGACUUGUGUUUUUGGCUGGCCCAUGAGCACCUCGGGGCGACGACGACGACGACGGUUCUGUGUAGAGGUUCCAAUUGAUGCUGCUGCGGUCCACAGUGUACCGGGCUCAUCAUGUCCAGGUUGCAGGGUGGUGCCCGACGAUUCUGAUUCCAACACCAGUUCGCAGGCAUAAUUCACCAUCUUGGAAACGGUCGGCAUGAUACAGUUUUGCAGAGUGUGAGUGUUUGGUCGUGGUUAUUUAAGGUCGUACCAGUUGAUGAAAAAUUAACCUGUGUGUCAAGGAGGUCGACUUAAGCUUGGCUUUACUGCGGGCGAUCGACUGAUCGAAAACGUGCAUCCCGGGAGACAAGACCUGUCUGCUCAUGCUCGGGAUCAUUGGAAAGGGGUCAGAGAGUACCAUCCAUGGAAUCAUCAGCUUGCUGCUACCUCGUUAUGAAGCCAAACGGCACUUUUCCGGGGACUACAUUGAUCGAGUGAGACAAAUAGCAAAAAAAUGAAAAGAAAAAUAAAGGAAAUACAAAGAAGAAUACCAAUCGAAGUAAUUUGGCAGGUUCGGAUUCCGUUGUGACUCAUCUGAGUGCUCCGAAACAAUGUCACCUCGUUCAGUGAAGAUUUUCGCGGGAUUUCUCCGGCGCACAGUCGAAGACGUCGUUUUCGAAGCGCCAGAAAGCUCGGAUGCCUCUAAUUAAGUGAGCGAAGCGGGCCGGGGCGAAAGCUGUCACAAAUAGAGAUCGGCCACGGUCUUCACCAAGUCAGCCUGCAUACACAUGCUAAACCUUGGGCUCCCGGUCCCACUCUGGUUAAGUUUCUUCUCCCAUUUACAAUCCUAUUCAAGGCGGAUCGCGUGCGACUGCUUCAGAGAGGACAUAUUCUCUCGCAUGCGCGUCUCGAUCAACCUCAGGGUUUCAUGACGUGAUCGGAACCACCAGCGCUUGAGCGCAUAAUGCCUCCGACAGGGAAACAGAGAGAGAGAGAGAGAGAGAGAGAGAGAGAGUAAUUCAAAUCCUUGCCUUGAAGAGCUUCAUGCAUUCUCUUUCGGAGCCCAUUCAGGCAAUGGGUCCAGCUGCUAGCCGGUCGGAAAGGGAACCAUUACUGGAAGGACUUGCCCACAGGAGGUGAUCAUGAGUGGCGACUCCCUUUACGAUCUUCCAGCUAGACGAUAAACAUAAAUUGAGAAGAAUGGAAUGGAAGGGGAAUUUGGUUAUGGUUUUAUUUCUCUGCUGCUCUAUGCCAUGACAUCAUUGUCUCUCGGAAACAGUAGGAGUACCUGCGAAAUCUUGCUCCAUAAACUCUCAGAGAUCAUCAAGAAUUGGCCUUCUGGGCUCUUCUAGGUUCUUGUAACUCCAGGGUUAGCUUAAUUAGCACUGAUUAAGUGUUUCGGAGGAGGUGGCGUGUGCAUCUGGUUCGGGUGGUUCAUGACAUAGGCACUGCUACUGUUGAGUUCAGAGGAGAUUUUGCGUUGCAGUCUCGCUAGUCUGAUCGGUUCUGAACAUACAGGAACGUCGUGGCUCCUGCCCAUCGUCUAAGGGUUAUAUCAAGUUGCGCAUGAUAGAUGCCGUGGAGUCGGGCUUCUAUGGUACGUAGGUUGUAGAGUGCAACUUAAAAAUAGUGAUCAUCUAGUUCGAGGAAGAUCAUUUCUUGAGUUGAAUCGCAGGUGUUUCCAGACGAGUUCAGAAUCUCGUGACGGUCGCCGGCCGUGGUAGUCAAGCGAAUUGAGUUUUGGGUUCGGAUGCUCUAGUCGCAUUUCAGCGCUACCGGCAUCGUUGGAGUGCAGUUAGACCCUAGCUCAAGACUACGGGAGUGCGAAUUCAUGCCAUUUAUCAGCAGCUCAAGUCGAUAUAAUUGAUCCUAAUGUAGAAGUGCUCAAUAAAUAGUUAGAAGUCUAGUUGCGAAGCCGCAGUGCUGAUUCUGUUGUCCAACAGGAAAUCAAUUCUUAGCGAUUGUGGAGGCGCUGCUAUAGAGACCUGAUGACACAAGAAGAAUUAGAUAUUAAGAAAGGUAGACGAGCUGGAGAUCAACAGGGGUAGGAGAUAUAAGGAUCAUGGGCCGUCAUUCGUGUUGUCACAAACAAAAACUGAAGAAGGGGCUCUGGUCUCCUGAAGAAGAUGAGAAACUGGUGCGCUACGUAACCAAGCAUGGCCAUGGCUGCUGGAGCGUCGUCCCAAAACAAGCUGGUCUUCAACGGUGUGGAAAGAGCUGCAGACUGCGGUGGAUAAAUUAUCUCCGACCGGAUUUGAAACGAGGAGUGUUUUCAGCGGCAGAAGAGAAUUUGAUCAUCGACUUACAUGCUGUUCUUGGUAACAGGUGGUCUCAGAUUGCAACUCAGUUACCAGGCCGCACCGACAACGAAAUCAAAAACUUCUGGAACUCCUGUAUCAAGAAGAAGCUUCGCAACAUCGGCAUCGACCCUAGCACACACAAGCUGGUUGGCUCAGACUCAUCGGCGUUCCUCGGUGAGAGUUCCUCUAGCGAGAUCAACCCCAAAAGCGAAUGCCACAGAUCAACCUCCUCGAACUCGCACGUCAUCACCGGUAGCUCCACGGGGUUUGUCAGGUUCACCAAUAGCGAGUUCAAAGCGCAGUCGCUAUUCCACCCGCAAGCUUCCCACAACCCCUUCAUCCCCAUGGAAGAGGUGAUGUACAAUCCAACCAGAAGUCUUAUCCACCAGCAGCCCCCUAGAGAUAGACAUUUCAUGGGCUUCAACCAGCUACAGGGGAACGGGUUGUCUACCGACAAUCUUCUUGAGCGGCUCAUGAUGACCGGGAAGCACAGCCGGGGGCUGCCUCCGAAGGCGCCUUCGUGGAUGCCGCACCUGACUGGUAGCCUCGAUCGGGAUGACAAUGGGCCGAAGCCCAUCCAUCAGCCUUCCACACUGGUACCGCCAGCUUUCAACCCCGUCUUCUGGCUGUUGCAAUCGGGAGCUGUGUCCUCUUCCGAACCCGGAGGUGGGGGCAGUGACCCAUUUCCUGUGCAUGCCCAGCAUGGAGCUCCCGAGAUUGAGAUGCGGCUGGGUCCCUUCGCUCCGAAUUCAUCUGGAACAUCCCAUGACUACCACGGUGGGAGCUUCCAGGAUUUGUUGCAGGACCCAGGAGACUUGAGCUCUAUCACUGCAAAUCUGCAGCUGCGGUCGGGGGCGGGACCAGCUCAUGAAGAUGCCGUGAACGUCGGCAAUGCUCGCGUUCAGCGACCGUUUCGGUGGGAGGGGCACAAUGGCAGUGAACCGAGCAGUAGCAGCACCAGCAAUGAGACGGGUAUUAGUCCCCCUGGCAGUCAUCUCAUGUUCCAGGAGACUGGUGGCAACCAACCCUGGUCAAGUGCUGAUACCGAUCCCUCGCCAAGCGCCCUCAAAUCUUGUAGUCUUUCAGCUCAGACGACAGAAGAGCCAUCCACUAGGAGUCGCUUCUCCUCAAAUCACGAACCUUCGGAUUGCGAUACAGUCAUGAAAUGGUGUGCGUUGCUGCCAACGCAGGGGCAGAACCAUUGCAUUGAUCAGUUGCCUGCCUCGGCGAGAAAUGCACCAGUUCAACAUCACGAGCACAAUCCUCGUCAGAAUCAUGCAGACCAGCUGAGCCAGUCCCAAAUGGACCAUCCACUGGGGAAUGGUUCGUCUGGCAAUGUGCAGUUCACGCUCACCUCGCAUUGCAUGAACUGGCAGAUGCACGCAAGUCAUGGAGGGCAAGAUGCCAUGUUCGAUUCCGUGGCACCCAUGUCACAGGAACUGCAACGAAUGGCUGCCGUUCUCGAUCAGAUCUGACCUCUUAUCGGGUCACGUAAUGUAACAAUAUAAGAUCUAGAGAAGGGGUUGAUUAACUAAUUGCAGAUUGAGUACGGUGUUCAUCAAUUUCAUGGUGAAUCCACAUACUGGCAGAAGCUGUUCAGGUUGACAAAGCCCCUGAAUAUUAUAAAUAAGUUGCUGGGUCAAUUUGGAAGCAGUGACAACCAGGGGGAGGAUUUAAUCAAAUGAAAAAUCCGUCUGCUUCAGGAUGAGUUGUGAGGAUGCAGGGACCUGAUAGAGUGUAGCUUAGCAUAACAUUAAUCCAGAGAUGGCAUUAUCUGAGGUAUUAUCUGAGGUUGCUGCGGUUGCUCCGGCGACCUUGAUCAUAAAUCCAUCGUAAUGAUCAAAUCGUAAAUUAUUCAUCAUCAUAAUACCUAGUACCCACAUCCUUGAACCCCUUACCUCUCUCAAUACUCCAUUCACCUUCUCAACCAAAACACAGUCGAAGAGCACGCUUGUCUGCUCAACUUCACAAGCCUGUUCAGCUAAUCCGUCGUCUCUGACUCAUCUAGAAAUAUCACUUGUCCGCGUCCUAGGGAUUUUUAACGCUGAAGAACUUAACGACGCAGACCUUGUAAAGUUGGAAAUUGCUCCUCUCUUGAAGAGUUCUUUACUACAUUUUCACUCA